AUGAUCAGUGAUGGCAUAGCUGGCAGUUCAAGAACACUCUCUAGGAUGGCUAAGUGUUUACGCAAUGUGUGCAAAAAUUCAAUGGAUUCCUUCAUCAGAGACAAAGGACAGCGUGUUGGUGGUCGAACUGAGUUUACUGUAAUUGAUGAGAGCCACUUCCGACAUAAACGCAAGUAUGGGCGAGGUAGAGCUGGCCAAACAUGGAGGAGAAAGAAAUGGGUGUUUGGAAUAUUAGGAGUUCGCGGUCAAACUCGCAGACCGGUUUUGCGGCUUGUCGAACAUAGGUCAAGACGUGCUCUUCUUCCCCUGGUGCGACGCCAUGUGCGCCAAGGAAGUACCAUCAUUAGUGAUGAAUGGAGAGCAUACAGAGGUGCCCUUUCAGAUAUGGGAUACAUCCACCUCACUGUCAAUCACAGCAGGAACUUUGUCAACUCUCAUACUGGUGCUCACACACAACACUUAGAAAGAGCAUGGUCCUCAUACAAAGGACAUGUAUGGAGACUGAGGGGAAAUCGAACAGAAAGUAUUUUAAUUGAACAUCUUAAGCUAAUAGAGUGGACUUACUGGUUGGGAAAAUGUCACAGAGAUGGUCCUCUGGGCAGGCUGCUGAAGGAUAUUCGCAAGCUGUUUUCUGUUUAGUGUACCUUUACAAUUCGAUUUUAACAGCCAAUUAGAAAUAACAUGUUUACUAGGGCUGAAAGAUUAACCAGUUCAGCCCUUAUUGUUUACCAUGUAUAUUUGGGUAUAGAUCAACUUUCAGUACAGCAGUAACACUGUCAUGGUGAAUAUG